AAUCGAUCUUCAAUCCUACACCAUUCUUACUUGUACAUUACCUACCCCCUGUCCACCUCUUCUCCUCCCUAUUAAUAAACACCUACUCGAACAACCUACACGCAUACAUGCGGUAACCACAGCAUAAACCGACAUCAUAAUAAUGUCCAACUCAUUACCUCCCAACACAAGGAGACCGCCAAUCUUCCUCCUCAAAACCCCGACGACGCCUCGUGACUUGUACGAUGAAUACUUCCGACGACACAAUGACUUCCCAUCCUCAUUGUCCUCGUCGGGAAGCGCAGAGGCACAUGGCUUCAAGCCGGUUUUUGUACCUGUGCUCUCGCAUCGAUUCCACGAGCUUAAUUUAUCUAUUCUAAAGUCAUACUUCCAGAGUUCACAGGUUGCGAUGACAAUGGCAACGGCGGGGGAGACGUCAUUUAUUGGUGACACACUAAGUAAAAAGAAAUACGGAGGCAUGAUUUUCACGAGCCAGCGAGCCGUGGAGGCAUUUGGGCAUUGUUUGGCAAAUAACAUUCCAAUUGAGGCAGCAACGGCAGCAUCUAAAUCUAUGAUCCUGUACACCGUCGGCCCCGCGACGACUCGUCUCCUCACGCCCCUGCGCGACAAAUACCUGCCCUUUGCAACGAUAUACGGUGAAGAGGCAGGCAAUGGCGAGAAUCUAGCUCGAAUGAUCCUUGAGCAUUACAAUCCGCGCCACAACCACUCCGACGGAAAAGGAAGUGAUAAGCCGGGAUUGCUGUUCCUAGUCGGCGACCAACGCCGCGAUGUCAUACCCAGGACUCUAAUGGAUCCAGCACUAGACGAAGCGCAGCGGAUUAUUGUUGAUGAAUUGGUGGUGUAUGAGACGACGGAAAUGGCUGGGUUUGAGGAUGCUUUUCGGGGUGCGGUUGAUGCUGGGGAGCGGGGUUACAGGGAUAGAAGCGGUGAUGGUCAGAGCGAUGAGGAGGAGAGUAUGUGGGUGGUCAUAUUCUCGCCGACGGGGUGCGAUGCGGUCCUUCGAACUCUUGGCAAGUUACCCUCGAGUACGUCUGUAGAGGGUACGAAGACGGUAACGAAGAAGAAGUGUUUGAUAGCAACAAUCGGCCCCACUACAUGCGACUAUCUGCGCACGAAAUACGCGGUUGAGCCGGAUGUAGUUGCUAAGCGGCCUAGUCCGGAGGGAGUGGGAGAGGCAAUUCGGGCGUAUUAUCAAGGGGAAGUGUAAGAGUAACAUAUGGGGUGUAUAUAUCGACAUUAAGUACCUAUCGGCGACGAGAAACGUGAAAAUGCGUUUGUACAGGCAAUGAUGUUAGUAUUGAAGACCAGAAGAUACCUUGACUG